AUGACGGAAGUAGUAACAAAUUAUAAACUUGUUACUUUAGACAAUGAGUAUGAGAGUAUAAAUGAAAAUGAAUAUUUUGAGUUGUUAGCCAAACCUGAAGCCGAAGAACCAGUUUUGUUGGGUAGUUUACUUACUACAUGUAAAACAACUAUGAAAGUAACUAUUAAAAGAUGGCAUACAGUAUCAUCUUGGCAUUGGGAUGUCAAUGAGGAGAGUUGUGGUAUUUGUAGAAUGGCAUUCGAUGGUUGCUGUGUAGAUUGCAAGUUCCCAGGUGAUAACUGUCCUCCAGUGUGGGGAGUAUGUAAUCAUGCAUUUCAUAUGCAUUGUAUUUUAAAAUGGUUAAAUUCAAACAGUCAACAACAAUGUCCUAUGUGUAGAGCAGAGUGGCAUGCAAAAGUAAAGAUAUAA